AUGGCGUUGGGACUCCGGGAAGGCGGCGCCGGCGAGCUGCAGGGCAAGGAGGGCAGCGGUGAGGCCACGGCGGCGGCUCCGGCGUACCGCUACGCCGCGACCGACUCGUUCGCGUACGACGACAUGCCGCCGCUGCCGCAGCAGAUGGACCGGCAGCCGCCCGUGGUGCUCGGCGGGGAGGGGAUGCUCGGCGACGGCCGGAUCCCGGCGUCCGUGUUCGAGCGGGACACGUCGGAGCCCGGCAGGGACUGGAGCAUGAUGUCCACCGAGUCGGUGUUCGGGCUCCAGGUCGCGCCCUCCUGCGACUUCACCGGCUACUUCCUCUCGCACCCGGAGCUCAUGGACAUCGCCACGCCGCCCCGCGACAGCUCCGCCACGUCCACGCCGCGCCAGUUCAACGCCGUCCCGGAGCUCGGCGACGCCGCCCCGAGCUACUCCUUCGCCUUCCCCAAUCUGAUGGAGGACAAGAGGUACAGCUCCAAGAGAGCUCGGCAAUCUAUCGACAUGCCGCCGACGCCGAGAACGGCGGAGCCGGCAGCGGAGACGCCGGCGCCGGAGGGGGCAAGCAGCGAACCGGAAGCGGAGCCCGAAGCGCCCAAGGGCGGCAUGUUCUCGUGGAUGCCCUGCUGCUCUUGAUAAACGACGUCAACGGAUCGCCGGCGGCCAAAACCGGCUAGGAGGGGUGAUCAUCUUGUCGGGACCAUCACCGGCAACAUUAGCUCGAAUGGUCGAAAAUGGCGGCCAGAGACAGGAAAAGGAAGUAUGAAAUUAUGGAUCGAUUCGAAGGACAAAAAACACAAUCAAAACCAGCUUUUAAAAUUUUUCUUUGCCCCAGAGUGGUGUCUUGUAAUAGAUUGCUUCCCUUUUUGGUCACAAAUGUCGCCCACAACGAUGAAUUUGAGAUUUAUGUGAACUAUCCAUUUAACAUUUCAGAUCUUCUGAAUGUAUAUAACAAGAGAAAAAACAGGUUAAACUCA